AUGUUGCCAUCGUCCCAAAAUUCCCCAUGGUUCUGGUCUAUCCAAAAUCAUUCGCAGUACCUUAGCGUCCAAUUCGCUGAUAACGCGAGCGUUGGUCCAGUAGACAUCGGGAAAGAUCCAACGGAUCCUACUGUUGACUAA